GACCCAAAAUCUCGUAACUCUACAAUCACUAUUGCUCUCUGCAAUUGACGAGCCCUUUGUCCCUUCGGAGCUCUCAUCAUUCAGGUUAUUUCGCCAUUUUUCAUCAUCGUCUUAUUGGUUCGGCUGAUUACAAUUUAGGGUUUUCGUAUACGUUUGUAUACAUGCGCAUUUUUUCUCAUGGCCAAAAGUAGUGGCAAAAAGAUCAGAAAUGAAGUGCAAGAUAUAGGCAGAUCUUCUGCCAAGAAGUAUUUUAGGAAGUUGAAGAAGAAUAAAUCUAUGGAUGCCGUUUAUUCUGUAGAAAACCGUGCCCUGACUCCUGUCGUUGAUGCCCAGAAAAUGGAGGAAUUUUCCGGUUUUAUAUUCAUGUGUAAUGGGAAGACAAAACCCGAGUGUUAUGUAAAUCGUGUUUUCGGGCUUCCCUCUGGUAAAAGGGAAGUUGUAGAGAAGAUCAAACCAGGUAUGAAGCUUUUUCUGUUUGAUUUUGAUGUGAAGCUUCUCUAUGGUGUGUAUGAGGCAUCCUCCAAUGGCGCGAUGAACUUGGAACCCGCUGCUUUUGGAGAAAGAUUUCCAGCACAGGUGAGAUUCAGAAUUUACAAGGAUUGUCUUCCACUGCACUUAAAUUCGUUCAGAACUGCUAUUAAAGACAAUUAUCAUGGCUCUAAGUUUGCACCAGAACUUAAUGGUCAGCAGGUGAGAGACCUUCUAUCAUUGUUUCGGCCGAUCGUUGCACCAUCACCUGCUUCAGUACUCCCUUAUGGUGCACUCCAACUGCAGAUGCCGCCUACAGCAAUUAACGUACAGCUAAAUUCCUCGUUAACCCCACAUUUACAGAAUUCGUAUCGACCUCAUCUGGCUGGACUAAUGCAUAGUCUUCCGGCCCAACAAGUCAUUGGGUCUCAACCCGUUCCUCAAAACAUGUUAAAUCCUCAUUUACAUCAUCUCCAUCCAGCUCCUGGUAAUCCGUAUCAAUGUCCAGAGACUCGACAGGCAUACUUCCUUAAUGAUCUUCCACAGACUAUGCAAGAACCAUAUCCAAGGUAUACGACAACGCCUAGGGUGUAUCCUCAUGGUGAACCGGUUGGGUUGGAGGUUGGAUAUGAUGGUUCAGCCGUAAGAACACAAAGAGAACCUCUUCCAAACCAUGUCGGUUACCACAACUUUCAAUCUAUGCUGACUGCUGCUCAUGAUCAUUCACAUGUGAAUGCUCCACCUUGCUACAGUGUCCCAGAUUCUUCACAUGUGCAUACCCCACCGUGUUACAGUGGCCCAACGUAUCGCCCUCCGCAGCCACCACCAUCUGGAGGACCUCAAAUGGUGGAGGGAAGCACGUCCUUCUCAUCCUAUUACUCUCGUUUACUGCACCCAUCAAACGUUGACGGAUCGCAAAAGAUUGACGAAUUCAGAACGUAUUGAUGGGAUCGAGUUGCGGGUUGUGAUGAUGGUUAGAUAGAAUCGUCGUUAAUAGUUAUGAUGCUAGUUUGCAAUUGAAUCUUCAAGUAAUGCAUGACAAUUUGAAGAAUCAUCGCGGGUUUCAAAGGUAACCCGGUUAAUAUUUUGUGAGUAGAAGCUACGUAAUCCCGUUUUGGGAUGGUUGAUCCGAAGGAGAUUUUGUAGUCGUUAGCAGAUUUCGAUUUUCAUGAACGAUUAACAUCGUGUGUGGAUUCUAUAUUAAGGCGUAGUUUCUUAAACCAAAAACUAAAUGAAAUCAAACAU